AUAUGUGUAUACAUACACACGCCUGGCCGGCAGCAAUCCACCAUUUUGAUGGCUAUGUACAGAGAUACAAACAGGUCCAGGGUACAAAUAGUGAGAACAUCGUGUUCUAUCGUGUUCUAUAUUAUACUGCCCACAAACGUCCUCCCCCCUUUAUGGCCGUCGUUUUACAGUUACAGGAGGACAAACUGACCAUUAUUGAGAAGGACAACCAUCUCCUCUCCUCCAGACUGGCUGAUAUUAUGCAAUCAAAGGGACUCGUUGACCACAGGAAUCACUACUCUGAACACAGUCUGAACACUGAGAGGAGACGAGAAGAGCUUUUUCAAGUGGCCUGUGAGAACCAGGGUAUCCUCCAGAGAAUAAGUGAGUGCAAGUCUGACUAUCGUCGCCAACGGUGGGAGGAAGACUGGAAGAAAACAGAGCAUCAAAGGGAUGACAUUGCGAGGUACCCACGCAAAUAAAGAUGACAUAUAAAUGAUCAG